UUCGUGGGACGGGCGCGGGAUCCUGCUGAGCUCCUUUAGUGCCCGGCUCGGAACUAGGAAGCCGAGCAGGAAAAGUCACCUCCCCUUCCUCCCACGCCCGACUUCAGUGCCGCCCUCCAACUACCCCCAGCCCUUGGUAUCUAGGGGAUUAACCUCCAAGGGCGUCCCGGCCCUCGGUUGGCUUCCGGCCCAGCCUAGGCCUUUAGCGCUGCCCUCAAGAGUUAUACCAUUUCCUACAGGGAAUCUCUGCAGGCAAUCGGGUUACUGCUUGGGCUUGAGGUCGUCCCAGGCGACAUCAAAAUCAGAAUCCUCUGCAAAGGCGGCCAGAAUGAACUGAGUCUGAUGGUCGCACAGGUACCGCAACCACCAAGUGCAAAAGCGGAGGUGGUUCUUCGUGCCUGGGCACACUUUUGCAGAGGUUAACAGUCAAGAUGGUACAUGCUGAAGCCUUUUCUCGUCCCUUGAGUCGGAAUGAAGUUGUUGGUUUAAUUUUCCGUUUGACAAUAUUUGGUGCAGUAACAUACUUUACAAUCAAAUGGAUGGUAGAUGCAAUUGAUCCAACCAGAAAGCAAAAAGUAGAAGCUCAGAAACAGGCAGAGAAAUUAAUGAAGCAAAUUGGUGUGAAAAAUGUAAAGCUUUCAGAAUAUGAAAUGAGUAUUGCUGCUCAUCUCGUAGACCCUCUUAACAUGCACGUUACUUGGAGUGAUAUAGCAGGUUUAGAUGAUGUCAUUACAGAUCUGAAAGACACAGUCAUUUUACCAAUCAAAAAGAAGCAUCUGUUUGAAAAUUCCAGGCUUCUGCAGCCUCCAAAAGGUGUUCUUCUCUAUGGACCUCCAGGCUGUGGUAAAACAUUGAUUGCCAAGGCUACAGCCAAAGAAGCAGGCUGUCGAUUUAUUAACCUUCAGCCUUCAACACUGACAGAUAAGUGGUAUGGAGAAUCUCAGAAAUUAGCUGCUGCUGUUUUUUCCCUUGCCAUAAAGCUACAGCCUUCCAUCAUCUUUAUAGAUGAAAUAGACUCCUUUCUACGAAACCGUUCAAGUUCUGACCAUGAAGCCACAGCUAUGAUGAAAGCUCAGUUUAUGAGCCUCUGGGAUGGAUUGGAUACUGAUCACAGCUGCCAGGUCAUAGUGAUGGGAGCUACUAAUCGUCCUCAGGAUCUUGACUCAGCUAUAAUGAGAAGAAUGCCUACAAGAUUUCAUAUCAACCAGCCUGCUCUAAAACAAAGAGAAGCAAUCCUGAAACUCAUCUUGAAAAAUGAAAAUGUGGAUAGGCAUGUGGAUCUGCUAGAAGUUGCCCAGGAAACUGAUGGGUUUUCAGGAAGUGACCUAAAAGAGAUGUGUCGAGAUGCUGCCCUCCUCUGUGUCAGGGAAUAUGUUAAUUCUACAUCAGAAGAAAGCCAUGAUGAAGAUGAAAUUCGACCUGUGCAACAACAGGACCUGCAACGGGCAAUUGAAAAGAUGAAGAAAUCAAAGGACGCAGCAUUUCAGAAUGUUUUAACACAUGUUUGUUUAGAUUAAGAGUAAAGGUCAUUUGUACAGGUGAGUGUGACCUGGAUCGGAGUGCCCUGUUAUCAUUAGUGGAAAUAGAACGGAAGGAGGAGUGUUCUUUAAACAGUGAGGGAGUUGAAUGACCCUGGUUUUAUACUCUGAAUUCUAAGUUAUUGAGAUAUAGUUGUUAUAUAAACGGUAUUACUACUUGUCAAAAAUCAUGAGGAGGAACAGUUUAAUCCAGCCUGAGUGCGGGUGACUGUGUUUGACCUCUUUAGCCAUAUGUUGCAGCCUUAUAGCAUCUAAGCUGGUCUUAAAAGUAACAGAUGAUUCGUUGAGUCAUUAGUGAGAAAAAGGGAUGUUGUUAAGUGCUGGUUUCUAGAUAUGUGAGAGAGAGAGAGAGAGAGAGCGCGCGCGUGCGUGUGUGUGUGUGUGUGUGUAUUAAAUGUAUAUAUUCACACAUUUUAUAUUGACAUUCUGUAGAUAUGUUUGAAUACAGAAACGUUUUUUUACCCCAACUGCUGAAUCAAAAAGUACCAAAUAGUAUAUAGUGAAAUUAAGAUUGAAGGUUGUGUCUAAAAGGUACAGUGGUUCAGCCAUUUUCAUUUGUCACUUAUUGCAGCUUUUUUUUUAAGUUGAGUGUUUCUCUGCAUUUGAAUAGUUAGCCACAUCUGAAUACAUAGAUGUGGCUCAAUUAUAAUGGUUGUCAGGAUUAUCAAAUAAAAAUACUUGUUCAGUGAUCAGCAUUUUCAGGCAGUUGCAUGAUCGACACGGAUUUCAUCUCUUUCUGCAAGCACACCAAGUAGAGACAUUUUUUAAAUUGAUAUAUGUUAGGUGGAUUGAGAGCCUUUCAAAAGAAUGGCUUUGAAAAACCUCAGUGCCACUCAAUAUAUGUAUGUGAUUCUUCCUUUCUUCAUUUAAUGUAACAUAGUUCUGUUGUAACCAUGGUUUCUUAAUGUUUUUUUAAAGUUAUAUGUUCUUUAAUUAUGGUCAAAUAUAAUUUGGUCAUCAAAAAUGAAAUUAUAGUUUAAAACAAGUAGCUAUUACUAAAUGUGCUAAAAAUAUUCAUUUUGUAAUUGAAAAUUUAAAAGUUUUCUUAGCGUAUUAUAAAUUGUGCCCUAGAUAGUAAAAAUAUACACAUCAAAAUUCCCAUAUCGUAUUUGUAGUCAUUUUAAUGCUAUAUGCACUACAUGUAGGUGAAACAUUUUUUUUGGUCGAGAAUUUCACUACCAGAAUUCUGUUACAGGCACUUAAACACACAGCAUAAGGGAAAUGGCACAAUACAAUCUCGAGGCACCUUCUGAAUCAUCAGAAAGAUUAAAUUAUGCUUCAUACAUUUUUGUUUUUAAUUGUAUUUCUUUGAAAAUUCGCAAUCUUUAUUUAUGAGUUAUUGUAUUCAUUUCUUUACACUAAGUGUCUCGUUAAAACCUAUUGAAUAGUUUGUCCCAUUGUGCUUUGAAUGGUGAGUGGGAUAGAAAUUGUGGGAGAAAACUUUGGAUAACAAAAAGCAAGUUUUGAAAAUUGCAAAGAUGAUUGAAAAAUUGAAUGCAAAACACAAGAUACCAAAAAAAUUUCAUCUUCAUUUUUAAUAAUUAUAUUAUUCUAUUAUUUUGUAAAUAUGUAAUAAAGAGGUCCCUCUUAACUGAUUUUUCUCUGCUUAUGCCUUGGUGGUUUUUCAGUUAUGUAAAAUUUUCUGGGGUGGUUUUGAUUUGUAAAACUUGCCCUUGAACUGUUUUUAAGUUACUGUGUAGCUUUCACACUUUUACAGCAUACAUAUUAGUAUCUAAUCAUUAUUUUUGUUUUAGUAUGAAUUUCAGUAAUCAUUUAAUUUUAAUCUGAUGACAUAUUGAUCAGAAGUAAGGGGUGAUAUGUAUCCCUCAUGUCCUUUCUUUUUAUCUACUCUUAAAUUCAGAAUAUCUAAUAACAGUAGUUAAAUUUAUCAUCGUUUUCAUCAUCAAAUGAAGUUAGAGAAAUACACUAAUCCCAGCAACAAUGACUCAUCUAGGUACUUUAAUACCUUAAAGUAAUUGAGGAAACAUUGUUGUUAUUACUAUUAUUAUUAUUAUUAUCAUUAUUUGCUUACAGUUUCUGACUGAGAAUAUUCAUCUUCUCUAGGUGAUAAAUGUUGGGAAAGGUCUUUUCUUCUUGCUUUCUUGCUUUCUAUUUAUAUUAUAUCGACAUGCAAUAUUCUCAGUUUCAGGUAUACAACAUAAGUUUUCAACAUUUAUAUAUCUGAUGGAUUGAUCACCAUCUGUCACUGUAAAAGUUACUACAAUAGACUGUAUUCUCUAUGCUGUACAAUACAUCCCUGUAACUUAUUUAUUUUAUAA